AUAACGUAACGAUGCACAUAUUGGUGAAGUACAAGACAUCGUCCUUUGGUCACGGGAAGUGCAUCAAAACGCGUUUUGCGUGGAUGGAGAAAAACCGUUUCGAAAUGACAAGUUACCAUCGGAUAUUAGCGCAUUUGGGCUACAUUUGGUGACUGCGGUGGACUGAAUGGUGAAUUGUAUUUUAGUUGUGCGUAUUUCCAUCCGUAGAAAGGAGAGAGGACCAUGACCGGAGCGGACGGUGUGGGGACCGGGAGCGGGCAACCGCCCGCUGGCGGGAGCCGAGAGCGAACUAUGAGUACCUCAGGAGAGUCGUUAUACGCAACCCUCGGCGUAGAAAAAGGUGCCGACAAUGAUGCGCUCAAGAAAGCAUACAGGAAGUUGGCCCUGAAGUAUCACCCAGAUAAGAACAGGGAUGAUCCCACGGCAGAGGAAAAGUUUAAGGAGAUCAACAAAGCACACAGAGUUCUCACUGACACUAAAAAGCGACAGAUCUACGACGACUACGGCUCAGUGGGGCUGUACAUCGCUGAACAGAUCGGCGACGAUAACGUUGACUUGUACUUCCUGGUAAACAGCAGAUGCUUCAGGGUUUGCUGCGGCGUCUGCUUCUUCCUGACCUGCUACUGCUUCUGUUUCUGCUGCUGCCUGUGCUGCUGCGGCUGCUGCGGCAAGUGCGGCCCCAAGGAGGAAGAGUACACCCAGGAGGAGUUUGAGGAGAUCCUGCGGGGCGCCCAGGAGGAGGAGGCCGGCCUGGGGGCCAACGAUGUGCCCGUCACGGUGCAGCCAGGCGCCGACGCCUCGGCGGCCAACAUCAGUGGGGCUGCCGCCGCCGCCAACCUGCGCGACGUGCCGCCCCCGAACACGGCCAUCCCCAUGCCGCCACCCCCAGAGCCCACGGAGAAGACCAGCCUGAAGUCGUCUGACGGCGGCCCUACCAUUUACACAGUCGACAAGUAAUAUGCGGGCAGGACGUGUAACAACCUCCUGAACCUCCCCCCCCAAAAAAAAAAAAUUGGGGAAAGUACCCGAGGGGAAUGGGUGGAGCUUGAUUAGGAAGGCUUAAGAAUCUUCCUGUGAACCUUUCUCUAAAUUGUAAAAAUGGAUUCGAGAGCGUAUCCAUAACCGAAUUUCAGGGGGCUAAUAUUAUUCUUGUGGUAGGGUCCCCAAAAAAUUUUGAAGUAAACCCAGUAUGGCCUUUCUCAGGGGUGAGGUUAAACUUGAGGGCUCUGCCUGCUCUUUGGAGGAAGAAAGUGGAAUAGUCCCCCAAACAGCCUUUUUCUGGUGAUUAAUAAACACAGAACAUUUUUGUUCCGUUGGGUGGCCAUGGUCCCUGUUGCCCCCCCAGUCUGUCAGUGUCUGGUUCCCUAUGCUGUUGCCUAUACUUUUGUUGUCAUGAGUACAAGGUUCCAUACAUAAAACAGGGCUUUUCUCUAUUUGUCUCUGGGGAGGUAGUUCUUCAGCACAUUGUGAUCAGCAUCUCCCUUUGUUAAUUACAGCGCCCUCUGUUGUUCAGUCAUGUCAAGGCUUGUCACACAAAUAUGCCUAUGAACUUUUAAUGUGCAAUGUUUGAAUUGUGUAGCAUAGCUUUACCGUGAAAUCCAGUGUUAUGUUAAUUGUGCGCAAAGUUACUUUGUACACUGGAAAAUUCUGUUGUGAAGGCAACACGCCCGGACCACAAGUUAAAGACACAUUUAAACAGGUCAUGGCUGUAUUGUUAUCUCUCAGUCUCUGUUAAGCCGUUAUUGAAUCACAUUUAUGAGGUAAUAAUUGGCUUCUGGACAACAGAGGGCACUUUGUAAAACAGAGAAACACUUGUUUUCAGUUGCCAUGUUUAUGUUGUCACCAUGGCGAAAUUCAAAAGGUCCCCCAUCCUCAAAUAGUUUCAUAUUUAAGGAAACUUAUUGUGGGUGCCUCAACCUGUGACCCAAGACGUUGCCAGAGUAACUGAUGAGUGGCAGCCUGUCAAGAGGAUCUUGCAGUGUAUGUAGGGAACCCUCAACACUGCUCCCCUACAAAUUGUCCAUUUUCACCAGGAUUUUCAAAUGGGUGACACAUCAAAACAAAGAACUCAGGCUGCAUCCGAAUCUGUUGUCUAGAGCUAGGUCUAGGCCUUCCCUCCAUUGGAAGUGUGCGGAGACAAUAGACCAAGCCGUAGCUCUGGAAGGCCGUUUCGGACACGGUCAAAGUUUUCUCUUUCUUGUGAAAAUUAAAACAGACUCAUCAAAAUUGUUCACUUGUUUUGUGGGACCGGUGACGUUUGCUUUGGGCAAGUUGCCUGUCUAAUAGUGCUGAAGAGUCAACGUUCCUUGCAAGACUGCCCAGCAUCUUUGUGAAUUUGCCCCUUUGUCUGGUUCCUAACCUCUUCCCCUUUGCGGCCUUUUGUACUGUUCUAAUCAUGGCGUGCCAUAUUAUUGUUCCAUGCAAUAAUUAUCAGACUUCUCUAAACUUUCUUUAAUAAAUGUAGGAAAAAAUUGCUAAUGAAAGGCAGAAUAACGCUUGUUGAUAUUCAAUUUUUGCUCAACGUUCACCGUGUCAGCUUCAUGAAAAAAAUGUUUCCGAGUAGUUAGACUCAGGCCAAGUGCUAAAUGAAGUAGAUCUCAACAUCAUUUACCGGUUGAGACUUCAAUUUCUUAACACCUAAACGCCGGGAUUCUUUUGACCGGGACUGCUGGGCGGCGGUAUGCUCAGUAGGCAAAGCCUUGUCCAGCAGCAGGCCCACAUUGAAACUGCAGGUGCAUGAUGAAUAGAAUGUAUGUGUGGUAUGCACUAAUCCUCACACAAGGCCGCGGCUGUUGAUGGUUCUGGUGCGAAGGGGUUAACUGGGGCUGAGUAUUUCACUAUUUUCCCGCACGAAAUCCUGCAACUUCAGCAAAUGCGUUAACCCGACUUGGUAAUAUCUGCUUCAUGUGACAAUUAAGAGAGAGUGUCUUUUUACGUAGCAGCGUUGGUCCUUUGGUUCGUAACUCGCUAUGUGCGCGCACAGGUUCAUGACACGCAGAACACAUAGGACCGAUUUCUGUUGGACUAUUGUGGUCUACGCCCGUGCGCUGGCCUAGUCCUCUUGCCCGGUUGAAUAGAAUGCCCCAUCAAGCUGUCUCUUUGUUGCCGGUGAGGAGGCACAGCAACUGUCGCAGACAGCAGUAGAGGUGAUUGUGUGUCAUGGGCUGUGUCCUAAUUACGUGGCUAUGACUGGCAGUAGCACAUGAGUCAGUGGAUAUAAGCCACAGAUUAGCCGCUGCAUACAUCGUAGCUAGCGGCCUCCAUAGGCACAUGUUCUAAUUUCAGCCACAACCAAGUCAUUCAGACAUGGUUCUACACACAGGCUGACAAGACCCAGAGUGCAUACAGGCCACGUUUUGUGUGCGAGCACUGUUCACUCACAUACAGCACCGAGUACUGAGGGCAGUCUUCCUUGGAUUGGGCACAAACCUACAGGUACCACAUGAUUGGUGGGUGCCACAAACAUGACUGCAAAAACAUUCAAGUGCAUAUCCUUGUCACCGCCUAAAAGUGCCUGUAUUAAAUUUAAAUUCAUCAGUGUUGAGAUAAUCUGAAAAGAAGCUGCCUAAACAUGACACCAUAACCCAGUCUCCUUUAAAAACCUGGAAUUCCAGCAUACUCCCUCAUUGUUUGUCAUUGUUUGUAAACCGGUCUUCUUUCCAUUUGACAAUCAAAAUUUUAACAAACUCCAUGGUUUUUCUUCUAAUCCACCUCGAGCAGAAGCACCCCCUCACUGGUUGGAAAGGGCCACAUUGAUCGGGAGUAUUCAUUUUGUUGGUGGCAAUGCGACUGCACCGCUUGGUUUCAUAGUCACCCGUGAACCAGCAAUGUGCAGUUAGUACCAAAGGAGCCUCCAUUGCUAAGGAAAUAGUGCCCUGUCUUGGUGCAGCUGGAGGCCCGUUGGAUUUCAGCAAGCAUUAUUGUGUUUUUAAAGUUUUUCUAUUUUUUAAAUUAUUGACUGUCACUUAAUCUGUUAUCUAAUUUUUCUUUUUUCAAAAGUACUGAAAAUGGUUCUGAACAAUUGUGUUCCUGUAAGUAUAGGCCUUUAUGUAUACUGUAUAAUGAGUGAUUAUAGCUGACCAAUGUAUCAAGUAGUAAUCCUGACGUGUUACCCGGAUCCAUGGAAACCACUUGGAGGUUUAGAGGAUUUUGCUGGGGAGCACAGCUUUAUCGCCUUACUUUACUUGGGACUUAAUAUCUAAGACUUCUCUUACUUUGUUUGGGACUCGAUACCGGAGACCAGCGCUACCCUACAUGGGGACAUAUCAACCCCUAGAAUGUCUUUGUCUUGCACUUGACAUGCAGUGCAAAAGCUGGUUCGUACGCGACUGUGUGACAUCCGAUCAAAUAUGAAUUUCGCUGUGACAUCAUACUGGGUUUGCCUUGGUAUUCGCCUGAAGAAUGCAGCUAGCUCAGUGCUUGACACGUUGAAGUUUUCUCGUGUGCAGUCCUAGCUUUUCAUCCCAUCUGCGGCCAAUCUCUUGCUGACUUUUUUCGGCUUGUUUUGUGUUUCCCUGACUUUAGAAAAUGCGCUAUAAAAACCUGUCAUGCAUACGUAUUUCAUGGCCAGGAAUGCAAAGAUUGAGGGCCUUUUGGGUGGGCCUUUUCUUGUUUUUUUUUGUUUUUUGGGCUUUCUUUAAACAGAUUAUGCCAAGUUUGGUGCCCCGCUUGCAAUGAUGUCUGCUGUCGAUUUCUCUAAAAUGGACAAAGGUUCUCUCAGAAACUGUCUUUGCUCUUUGUUUUGCUUAAUAGCAAGUAAACUUGCCACCAGCAGUCACUACCACUUUGUAUCUGGCUCCACGAUACUGUCCCAUUUCAAGUUAAGCCCUCAUGACUUAAAGGAGUAAUGAAAAUUGGUGUGUAGGUUUAUGACAACUGGCCUUCUUUUGGGCACAAAAUGGCUCAGUUGCAAAGCUGCAGUGCCCAGGUACCGUACUUGCACGAAGACAACUGGGAGCAAUCUUCUCCAUUGAAACAGGAAUCAUAAAGAUUGUAACUAACAGUAAUUUUAUGGAUUAACAAGUUUAUACCGGAGUACUUUUUAUUCCAUAUUGUACACGGGAAUGUAUCUUAGAAUUUUUUUUUUUGGUGGUGCAAGGGUUUGAGAUUGUGAAGGGCCUGUUUUAUUUCACACAGACCUGGAUUGUGAUCAGUGAUCCAGAGUUGGUUCACUGACACCAGAACCCACCUAAUGGAU